AUUGAUAUAAAGUGUUAAUUACUUAUUAAAAAACUUUUAACUUAUAAUUAUUAAUUAUUAUUAUUAUGAGACUCGACGCCGAACUAAAUGCACUUUUGCCGGCCGAUGAAGAGCUCAAAUCAAUUGCCGGCAGCAAUGGUGGUCUACCGGCAGCACCGGCAGCCGAGUUGACAGCACUGCCCAAUAAUGUCAAGUUCCGAUUGGAUGCSGCGGCCGCUGCUGCUUCGUCAAGUAGUGCCGGUAGUUCAUCGUCGUCCGCCCAAUAUCUACAUCACGGACCCGUCAAGUUGCCCAUCAAAGUGACUAAUAUAGCCACACAACACCAAUUGGUCGAUACAUUGUAUAAUAAAUCAAAGUCGAUUUCAUGCACCAAUCAUGCCUGUCUCGGCUCAAUUAUGUCACAGCCCGUACCGGCACAUAUAGUCAACAAUAGAAACAAUGAGGAGAUACUGGAUCAGGCCGUCGAGUUUCUUGAACAAUAUUUUAUAUAUUUAAAAAAGCUAAGUUCAUCUGAUCUGGCUCAACGAUUGGCCGAAAUAGCUACCGAAGUGGAGCGCACCGGUACCUAUACAAUGACCACCGAUGAACUACAUUUUGGUGCCAAAACGGCCUGGCGCAAUGCAUCCAGGUGCAUCGGACGUAUCCAAUGGCAUAAACUUCAACUCAACGAUGCCCGACACGUACGGACCACUCAGGAAAUGUUUGACGCCCUUUGUAAGCACAUCCAGUUGGCCACCAAUGAUGGCAAUCUAAGAUCAUUCAUAACUGUAUUUCCGCAACGAAUUCCCGGUAGAGAUGACUACAGGGUCUGGAACUCUCAACUAAUCAGUUAUGCAGGUUACAUACAACCUGAUGGCACUAUCAUUGGUGACCCGGGGAGGGCAGAGUUCACACGAAUAUGCCAGCGAUUAGGUUGGAAAGGAAAUAAUGGCCGAUUCGAUGUAUUACCUAUAGUGUUGUCAGCGCCGGGAGAAGGUGUCCGAUUUUACGAAAUACCGGACGAUAUAGUUUUGAGAGUCAAAAUCAAACAUCCAAUGUAUGAAUGGUUUGAAGAUAAGCUCAAACUUGAAUGGUAUGCUUUGCCGGCCGUUUCGGAGAUGAUGUUUGAUUGCGGCGGACUUCAGUAUACGGGCUGUCCGUUCAACGGAUGGUAUAUGGGAACGGAAAUCGGUGCCCGAGAUUUCUGUGACGUUCAACGUUAUAAUCUAUCAGAGAAAAUUGCAACACUGAUGGGUUUGGACACAUCAAACGUGUCGACACUAUGGAAAGAUAGGGCACUGGUCGAAAUGAAUGUAGCAGUUUUGCACAGUUAUCAGAAAAUGGGUGUCACUAUUGUCGACCAUCACUCGGCCAGCGAUCAGUUUAUCAAACACAUGAACUCCGAAUAUAAGCAAAGAGGCGGCUGUCCGGCUGAUUGGGUAUGGAUUGUACCGCCAAUCAGUGCCAGUGUUACCCCAGUGUUUCAUCAGGAAAUGAUUAACUAUACACUGAGACCCAGUUUUGAAUAUCAAGAMAAAGCGUGGAAAACACAUAAAUGGAUGACUUCAGUAAUAAAAUUGAAAUAUAAAUUUGCAUCAAUUGCCAAGGGCACUCUAUGGACAGUUAGAUUGAUGAGCAAAAUACURUCGACACGAAUCAAAGUGACAAUACUUUAUGCAACAGAAACGGGAAAAUCGGAAACAUUUGCACAUAAAUUGGCAAAACUAAUGCAAACAUCGUUUUGUGUCAAACGGGUUGUCUGUAUGGAUGAGUACUUAUUUGAUGAUCUGUUUGCCGAAACACUUGUCCUAAUAGUGACCUCAACUUUUGGUAAUGGAGACGCACCCGAUAAUGGAAAGGACUUUUGGAAACAGUUAAGUAAAUUAUCGCAAACUACUGGUGCCUCAGAUAUGCUCAAACACCUAAGCUAUAGUGUGUUUGCAUUGGGAUCGACACAAUAUCCYAGUUUUUGURCAUUUGGCAAAAACUUGGAUAAAACACUCAAGUGUUUGGGCGCCACAUCUGUACUACCAAUCGGUUUGGGAGAYGACAUGCGGGGUCAGGACAAGACAUUCAAAAAUUGGUGCCACGAUUGCUAUAGUCAGGCCUGUCAAKCAUUUGACAUCAAUAUUGCUGACACUGACCUUACUUUGAGCUCAUUUGACACUAACGACAAUGUCUACGAUCACCAAAAGGUGAGAAUUGCCGAAAUGUUGGCCACCAAUGACACCACUACCGAGAAUCACAACGUGCACAAUGAGUUGGCACGACUGCAUCGCAAACGUAUCAUUUCGUGUAAAAUAAUUACAAGAGUCCGACUACAAGCAAAACAAUCUGAACGGCAGACACUAUUGGUUAGRCUCACACCAUCUAACCCGAUGGCCAAAAGUCAACUCAACUACAAACCAGGGGAUCAUUUGGCAAUAUUUCCGUGCAAUCCAAAAGAGCCGGUAAAYGCACUGUUGGGUCAUCUGAGUCGCAGCGGCUACACUGAUCCCGAUGCCGGCAUCCAACUGCAGCGUCUGGUCGAUGGCAAAUGGCUGGCCGAUACCCGAUUGCCUCAGUGUCUGACACUGCGAUCGGCACUAACACAGUAUUUGGACAUUAGUUCGCCGCCCAAUCAAAAGUUCUUGAGCUAUUUGGUCGAUAUGGCUAACGAUAAUUGGGAUUCAUUUAGACUAAACAAAUUGGCAAAUGACAUUGAUGACUACCAAAAAUGGUAUACACAUAACUGUCCGACACUGGCCGACGUACUCAACGAGUUUCCAUCGAUACACGUCGAUCCCGAGUUUCUAUUGACCGAACUGCCUCUUCUCCAGCCCCGRUACUACUCGAUUAGUAGUUCACAAAAGUCGACUCCCGAUGAAGUUCAUCUGACAAUGGAUGUCGUAUCGUAUCAUAUCUAUGAUGGAAUGGGACCAAAACGGUUGGGCGUUUGCAGCAAUUAUAUCGACAAAUUCCCGGAGACAGACAUUGCCUGCUUUUUGCGAAGCGCGCCGUCGUUUAGAUUACCCGAAAACAAGAGCCUACCAGUGAUAAUGAUAGGCGCCGGUAGCGGAAUAGCACCGUACAGGAGCUUCUGGAUCGAUCGACAGGCAGACCUACAAAAUGGUGAAUCGUGUGGCAAAAUGCUACUGUUUUUCGGUUGUCGUAGUUCUCAGUUUGACAAUAUUUACGACUCGGACCUAAAGAUUUUGUUGAGAAAAGGCGUUCUCCACGAUCUGUUUGUUGCCUACUCUCGGGAAAAAACACAGAAAAAGCACUACAUCCAGGAUCUGGUGUUCAAACAGAGAGCAAUGAUCUAUUGGUUGAUAACCAAUGAAAAUGCACACAUCUAUGUGUGCGGYCACUCACCGAUGGCCGACGGCGUCAAAAAGUGUUUUGUUAAAGUGUUUGAAAGUGAGGCCAAUAUCGGCGAAACUGAUGCCCAACAACAGCUAUCGAUGCUCAUCAAUGAGGGCCGAUAUCAUGAAGAUGUCUUUGGCUUAACUCAUACAUAA